GCUACCUGGUGGGCGACGAGCUCUGGGUGGUGAUGGAGUACCUGGCCGGAGGCUCGCUGACGGACGUCGUCACGGAAACCUGCAUGGAUGAAGCUCAGAUAGCCGCCGUGUGCAGAGAGUGUCUGCAGGCGCUGGAGUUCCUCCACUCGAACCAGGUCAUCCACCGAGACAUCAAGAGCGACAACAUCCUGCUGGGCAUGGACGGAUCCGUCAAGCUCACCGACUUCGGGUUCUGCGCACAGAUCACUCCGGAGCAGAGCAAACGCAGCACCAUGGUCGGGACUCCGUACUGGAUGGCUCCGGAGGUGGUGACCCGCAAAGCCUACGGGCCCAAAGUGGACAUCUGGUCUCUGGGCAUCAUGGCCAUCGAGAUGGUGGAGGGAGAACCGCCGUACCUGAACGAAAACCCGCUCAGG